GCCAGUGGCAGCUCAGUUGCGGCUGGGCCUUGGAGGUGUCGGGAUAUCGCUCGGCGAUCUGCUAAGCCAUGGCUGUCCGGACCCCUGUACAACGGGGUGACGCCACUGCCGAGAGAUAUCUGUUUGUGGACCGGAACCAUGUGGGCAAUCCAGCAUCGCAAGCUGACUGGACUGCCAAGCGCCUGGUGUGGGUCCCAUCCGAACGUCAUGGCUUUGAGGCGGCUGGGCUGCGCGAAGAACGGGGAGAUGAGGUGUUGGUGGAACUUGCUGAGAAUGGACGUCAGGUGCUGGUUGCCAAAGACGACAUCCAGAAGAUGAACCCACCCAAAUUUACCAAGGUGGAAGACAUGGCGGAGCUGACUUGCCUCAACGAAGCCUCAGUAUUGCAUAAUCUCAAGGACCGCUACUACUCGGGUCUUAUCUAUACAUACUCAGGGCUCUUCUGCGUGGUCAUCAACCCUUACAAGAAUUUGCCCAUCUACACAGAACAGAUUGUGGAGAUGUAUCGGGGCAAGAAACGGCAUGAGAUGCCUCCCCACAUUUAUGCCAUCUCUGAGACUGCCUACCGAAGUAUGCUACAAGAUCGAGAGGAUCAGUCGAUCUUAUGCACGGGCGAGUCAGGUGCUGGCAAAACAGAGAACACAAAGAAAGUGAUCCAGUACUUAGCACAUGUGGCUUCAUCUCAUAAAGCCCGGAAGGACCAUAAUGUGCCGACUUCCAGCCCGGCUUCCUAUGGCGAACUGGAGCGUCAGCUACUGCAAGCCAACCCCAUCUUGGAGGCCUUCGGCAAUGCAAAAACGGUUAAAAACGACAAUUCCUCACGAUUCGGUAAAUUUAUUCGGAUUAAUUUUGAUGUAGCUGGCUACAUUGUUGGAGCCAAUAUAGAGACAUAUCUUUUGGAGAAAUCCCGUGCCAUUCGCCAGGCCAAGGAUGAACGAACCUUCCACAUUUUUUAUCAACUCUUAGUAGGUGCUGGAGAACACACAAGAGGAGAGCUGCUGCUGGAGCCAUUCAAUCAGUAUCGCUUUCUGUCCAAUGGGUACCUGCCCAUCCCUGGGCAGCAGGAUAAAGAGAUCUUCCACGAGACCAUGGAGUCCAUGCGUAUCAUGGGCUUUUCGCAUGAGGAGAUACACUGUAUGCUACGGAUGGUCUCAGCUGUGCUGCAGUUUGGGAAUAUCGUCUUCCGUAAAGAGAGGAAUACAGAUCAGGCCUCCAUGCCCGAUAACACAGCUGCGCAAAAGCUCUGCCACCUGCUGGGCAUGAAUGUCACAGAGUUCACCCGUGCUAUCCUUACCCCACGCAUCAAGGUUGGCCGAGAUUAUGUGCAGAAGGCCCAGACAAAAGAACAGGCUGACUUUGCUGUUGAAGCACUGGCUAAAGCCACCUAUGAGCGGCUCUUCCGCUGGCUUGUGCAUCGAAUCAACCGUGCGCUGGAUCGUACCAAGCGCCAGGGGGCAUCUUUCAUCGGCAUUCUGGACAUUGCAGGUUUUGAAAUAUUUCAGCUGAACUCCUUUGAACAACUCUGCAUCAACUACACCAAUGAAAAGCUCCAGCAACUCUUCAACCACACCAUGUUUGUGCUAGAGCAGGAAGAAUACCAACGAGAAGGCAUUGAGUGGAAUUUUAUUGACUUUGGCUUGGACCUUCAACCCUGUAUUGAUCUCAUUGAGAGACCAGCAAACCCUCCAGGGCUGCUGGCCCUGCUAGAUGAAGAGUGCUGGUUCCCUAAAGCCACCGAUAAGAGCUUUGUGGAAAAAGUUAUCCAGGAGCAAGGGUCCCAUCCCAAAUUCCAGAAACCCCGGCAGCUGCGGGAUAAAGCUGACUUCUGCAUCAUCCAUUACGCUGGCAGGGUUGACUACAAAGCGGAUGAAUGGCUCAUGAAAAAUAUGGACCCCUUGAAUGACAACGUGGCUACUCUUCUUCAUCAGAGUGCAGACAAGUUUACUGCUGAACUGUGGAAGGAUGUGGAUCGGAUUGUGGGUCUGGACCAAGUAAGUGGAAUGGGAGACCUCGCCUUUGGCGCCUCAUACAAGACAAAGAAAGGAAUGUUCCGGACUGUGGGGCAGCUGUAUAAGGAGUCUCUCUCCAAACUUAUGUCAACCUUGCGCAACACCAACCCCAACUUUGUGCGCUGCAUCAUACCCAACCAUGAGAAAAGAGCUGGAAAACUGGAGCCGCAUCUUGUACUGGACCAGCUGCGCUGCAAUGGAGUCCUGGAGGGAAUUCGCAUCUGCCGCCAGGGAUUCCCCAAUCGCAUUAUCUUUCAGGAAUUCCGCCAAAGAUACGAGAUCCUGACGCCAAAUGCCAUUCCCAAAGGGUUCAUGGAUGGAAAACAGGCCUGUGAACGUAUGAUCAAGGCUUUGGAGUUGGACCCUAACCUCUACCGCAUUGGCCAAAGUAAGAUCUUCUUUCGGGCUGGUGUUUUGGCUCACCUGGAAGAGGAACGAGACCUGAAGAUUACAGAUAUAAUUGUGUCUUUCCAGGCAGCUGCCAGGGGAUACCUAGCUCGCAAAGCUUUCAUGAAAAAGCAACAGCAGAUGAGUGCCCUCAAAGUCAUGCAACGCAACUGUGCAGCCUACCUCAAACUGCGCCACUGGCAGUGGUGGCGUCUGUUUACCAAGGUGAAGCCCCUGUUGCAAGUGACACGCCAGGAUGAGGUGAUGCAAGCAAAGGCACUAGAGCUACAGAAGGUUCAAGAAAAACACACAAAAACCCAACUGGACCUUAAGGAACUGGAAAACAAAUACCUACAGCUUUCGGAGGAGAAGGCCAUCUUGGCUGAGCAGCUGCAAGCUGAGACAGAGCUGUUCGCCGAAGCUGAGGAGAUGCGGGCACGGCUGGCAGCCCGGAAGCAAGAACUGGAGGACAUCCUGCAUGAGCUAGAGUCACGUGUGGAAGAGGAGGAGGAACGAUGCCAGCAGCUGCAGGGGGACAAGAAGAAGAUGCAACAGCAUGUUCAGGACCUUGAAGAGCAACUGGAGGAAGAGGAGGCUGCUCGACAAAAGCUGCAACUGGAAAAAGUCAGCACAGAAGCCAAGCUGAAAAAAAUGGAGGAAGAUCUGCUGGUGCUCGAAGACCAAAAUUCUAAGUUGCAUAAAGAAAGGAAGCUGAUGGAGGAACGCCUAUCGGAGUUCACCUCUCAUAUGGCAGAAGAGGAAGAGAAGGUGAAGAGCCUGUCCAAACUGCGCAACAAAUAUGAAGCUGUCAUAGCUGACAUGGAAGAUCGGCUCAAGAAGGAAGAAAAGGGGCGCCAGGAGCUGGAGAAGCUGAAGCGGAAGCUGGAUGGGGAGGCAGGCGACCUGCAGGAGCAGGUGGUGGAACUGCAGCAGCAGCUGGAGGAGCUCCGCCAAGCACUGGCAAAGAAAGAGGCUGAGCUGCAGGCAGCCUUGGCCAGAGUGGAGGAAGAAUCAUCCCAGAAGAAUGCUGUGCUCAAGUCCCUGCGCGAGCUGCAAGCACAACUGUCAGAAUUGCAGGAGGACCUGGAGUCUGAGAAGAUGGCCCGUGCCAAAGCUGAGAAACAACGGCGUGACCUGGGGGAGGAGCUGGAAGCUCUCAAGACAGAACUGGAGGACACCUUGGACUCCACAGCCGCACAGCAAGAGCUACGGUCAAAACGAGAGCUAGAGGUGACAGAGCUCAAGAAAACCAUUGAGGAUGAGAUCAAGGCACACGAAGCACAGGUGCUAGAUAUGCGCCAGCGCCACACCAGUGCUCUGGAGGAGCUGUCAGAACAGCUGGAGCAGUCACGACGGUUCAAAACUACUCUGGAGAAGACAAAGCAAGCCUUGGAAGGGGAAAAUGCAGAGAUGCAGAAGGAAGUGAAGAUCCUGCAAGGGGCCAAAUUGGAAUCUGAGCAGCGGCGUAAGAAGCUGGAGAGUCAAGUCCAGGAGCUGCAGCUCCGGGCAGCUGAGAGCGAAAGAGUCAAGUGUGAGCUCACGGACAGGCUGGUGAAGCUGCAGAAUGAGCUCGAUGGAGUCUCUGGUACCUUGGGAACUGCAGAGUCCAAGACAAUAAAGCUUGCCAAAGACCUGGCUAGUGUUGAAUCCCACCUGCAGGAUACUCAGGAAUUACUCCAAGAAGAGACAAGGCAGAAGCUGAAUCUGAGCUCUCGAGUCCGGCAACUGGAAGAAGAAAAAGGAGCUCUGCUAGAGCAGCUGGAGGAGGAGGAAGCUGCCAAGGGCAACUUUACUCGCCAGAUCCAGAGUCUGCAGCAGCAGGUGAUGGAGACCAAGAAGAAACUGGAGGAAGAUGCUGGAGUAGCAGAAUCAAUUGAAGAAGCUCGGCGCCGGGCAACCAAGGAACUAGAGGCACUCACCUUGCGCUAUGAGGAACGUGUCCAGGCCUGUGACAAGUUGGAGAAAGGGCGAACCCGUCUGCAGCAGGAGCUGGAUGACGUCACCGUUGCCCUUGAUCAACAGCGUCAGGUGGUUUCUGCGCUUGAGAAGAAGCAGAAGAAAUUUGACCAGAUGUUGGCUGAGGAGAAGCUGAUCUCAGCCCGCCAUGCUGAGGAGAGGGACCGCGCAGAAGCUGAUGCCCGUGAGAAGGAGACCAAGGUGUUGUCACUGAGCCGUGCCUUGGAAGAGGCACUGGAAAUAAGGGAGGAGCUGGAGAGGCAGAACAAGCAGCUGCGAGCAGAAAUGGAUGACCUGGUCAGCUCCAAGGAUGAUGUUGGCAAAAAUGUGCAUGAGCUUGAGCGCUCCAAGCGGGCCUUGGAACAGCAAGUGCAAGAGAUGCGAACCCAACUGGAGGAGCUGGAAGAUGAGCUGCAGGCUGCAGAGGAUGGGAAGCUGCGCUUGGAGGUCAAUAUGCAAGCUUUGAAGGCACAACACGAGAGGGAGUUGCAGAAUCGUGAUGAUGCCAACGAUGACAAGAAGAAACUGCUCAGCAAGCAGGUGCGAGAGUUGGAGGCGGAACUGGAUGCUGAGAGGAAGCAAAGAGCCCAAGCACUUGCAGCCCGGAAGAAGUUGGAGCUGGAUCUUCAGGAAGCACAAGCACAAUUGGAUGCUACUAGCAAGGGAAGGGAUGAAGCCUUGAAGCAGCUGCGCAAGUUGCAGGCCCAGAUGAAGGAACUCUGGCGAGAAGUUGAGGAAGCCCGGGCAGCUCGCGAAGAGAUCUUUAUUCAGUCUCGUGAGAGUGAGAAGAAGCUGAAAAAUCUGGAGGCAGAGCUGCUGCAGCUUCAGGAGGAACUAGCGGCAUCUGAGCGAGCCAAGAGGCAGGCCCAGCAGGAGCGGGAUGACCUGGCAGAUGAGCUGGCCAAUGGAAACAGUGGCAAGUCAGCUCUUCUAGAUGAAAAACGCCACUUGGAGGCAAGAAUUGCACAGCUGGAGGAGGAACUGGAUGAAGAGCAAAGCAACAUGGAACUCAUGAAUGACCGCUACCGUAAACUCAGCAUGCAGGUAGAAACGAUCACCACCGAAUUGGCAGGGGAGCGCAGCUUCUCUCAGAAGGCUGAGAAUGCUCGGCAACAACUGGAGCGCCAGAACAAAGACCUGAGGGCCAAGUUGGGUGAGAUGGACUCAUCUGUGAAGUCCAAAUACAAGAUGGCAAUUGCAACUCUGGAGUCCAAGCUGGCCCAGCUGGAGGAACAGUUGGAGCAGGAGUCCAGAGAGAGGAUGCUGUCAGGAAAACUUGUGAGGAGAGCAGAGAAGAAACUCAAGGAAGUGAUCCUGCAGGUUGACGAAGAGAGGAGAAAUGCUGAUCAGUAUAAAGAUCAGGUUGAAAAAGGCCACCUGCGGCUGAAGCAGCUGAAGCGUCAGCUGGAGGAGGCGGAAGAGGAGGCCUCGCGGGCCAAUGCCAGCCGUCGCCGCAUGCAGCGUGAACUUGAGGAUAUCACUGAAUCAGCGGAAUCCAUGAAUCGCGAGGUCACCACCCUGCGGAAUCGCCUCAGCAAGUUAGAGCGACGCCAACGAAAACGCACACCUCUGAGCUUCACCACCCGCACUGUGCGGCAGGUUUUCCGUCUUGACGGUGUCUCAGAUGAGGAGACGGAGGACCCAGAGAGCGACUCCCCAUCUACAAACCACCAGCCUUCUCAGCCCCUGGCACCCUCCCAAGGCCAGUCACCAGUACCUGCUGCUGAAGAGCCAGCCCAGACUCAAUAAGUGGGAAGAGUCAGGCUCCAGUUGGAUGGGGUGGAUUUGGGGUGGGAGAGGAUAGGAACCCUAGCCUUGCACAAUAUCUGACACCUAUAAAGGAAAAGAAAAAAAAACACUCCCCCCUCCCUUCUUCCCACUUGCAAUCUUGGAUCUCCCAGCAAUCUCUUUGUAUCCAGCUGCACUUUAAUAUCAGUCACCCCUGAGGGGUGGAAAAUAGGGGGAGAAGGAAAAUGUGGGGUCUGGAUUUUCACUCUAUUCUUCUUAAUUGAAACAUCCCAACUCGAAUAGCCAUUGUUUUCUCUUGCACCUUUAUUCCCCAACCAUUUUCUUAUUCUUUCCCCAACUCUAGUCUGAACAUGCAAAAGAUUCCUAGCCCGUGGUCAGAAAGGAAAUUGGGCAGCCAGGUGGUUCACGGACACAACGUAGGGUGGAAAUGAAUGGCCCUCUCCCGCUGUGCUGUGGCUUCUUGGGUAAAGUUGCUGGUGCUGAGAUGCAUCCAGCUUUUCCCCAGAGACCCCCUAUGUACCACUGAGAGGCAGCUAUGCCUGGGUUGCCUUCUGCUCCCCUGACCCCAAACCUCUCUGCUUCAUCUCAGUCCUAGUUUUGUGCUCCCUGCUCCUGGGGACAGGGUGAGCUGCAGAGGCUUCUCAGGUUCCUUCACAUGGAGGAUGUCCAGAAUUGAUCAUCUCUACUUCUUCCAGCAGACUUGGCUUGCUGGAGUUAUUUUCAAUCUCCAUUUGCUGCUAGAACCUGCCCAAGUCUGGACUAACAGGAGUAAAUGAACUGGAAACCAUUCAUCUCAGCUUGCCUUCUCUGUUCUGAUUGGGGACUUGGGUGCCAUCUUCUCUGCAUAUCAUGGCCAGCAGCCAAAGAGCACUUUGAUCUCUCACCUCCUCAUCCUUUACCCCCAAUAUUGCUGAAACUGCUAUGGUGGUGAUGGGUGAUUUAAAAAAAAAAAAACUAUGACAAGAAAGUUAGGAUUUGCAAACCCUGUAAUAACCAGGACAAGCCCAAAAUUGCCUAUCCUUAUUCAACCUGAAGACUGCCCAUUGUGUUUGGGGGGGGGGGAGUCAGGUUGGAGAAGGCUCUUCUUACUUAUUUCAUCUUGUUUAAUUGCACAUAUGCAGAACUUUAUAUGCAUCCAAUGUUGAAUUUGGGUUCUGAACAUAAGCAUCCAGUAGAAGCUGCAGCAACAUCAAAGUGACAUGCAUAACAUCCCCUGUUCUUCCUUGUAGACAUCCAUGGUUCUGAAGUGUCUGUCCUUGCAAUAAUUGCUUUCCCCCUCAAAAAGAGAGAGAACAAGUAUCUAACCAAGUAGAGAUAUACCUUAAAAAGAGUCCAUGUUGUGCCUCCAUUUCUUUCUUCUGAUCUUCAGAUGCUGUUGCUUCUGUCCCUUGAAACUACUUGUCCCUUGUGUUACAAUCAUCUGCUUUCACACCUGAAGCUAUUUCUGCUACCUACACAGCUCCUUAUCAAAAUAGACAUCCAAAUUCUCCACCACCACCCCACCCAAAUUCAAACAUUAGGCUUUACAGUAAGACAGAUGGAGUUAAACAUUGUAUAAUUAUAAUCCAGCAGGGUGUUCCUGCAUAAUAGAGCUGAGAUUGGGACCUGAUUUACCGAAACAGAUUCUUUGCUUGCAAUAAAGUCUGAUCAAUA